AUGUUUUCAAAAAAUACUAAAACAAAUUACAAAAACUUAAAAUAUUUGGUUCAUAUACACAGGCCUUCAAGCAGGGUAUUAUUUCUACAUCAUAUUCUGUUGAUCCAAUCCAUUCUUAUAACAUCAGCACUAAAGCUGUAUAUAGCCAAUAACACCAAAAUAUACAGAGAGCAGCAAAGAGUAUUUGAAGAUCAAAAAAGUCGAAAUUUAUUUGAAAAGAACACUCUUGAACAUCAAAAUGUCGAUGAAGCUGUCAAAUAUGGUUUGGACACUGUAGAAAAUUUAUUAAGCAUAAAGGAGCCGCUUUGGUUUAAACUGGGUUUAUUUUUGAACAAACACCAUCCUGCUAGUAAAGUUGCUGAAUUUGGAAAACCUAAUAAAAGAGCUCAAAAGUUAUCUAACUUUGGAAUGGCGUCACUUGAGGCCACAAGAAAGAUUAUUGAAUCGAAUCCUAAUAUUGUGGAAAAUUUAAUAAUUAUUCUUAGCUUUCCAGAAAAUGUAAGUCGCCAAAUAAGCGACUCGCCCAUAUCUUUAAAAUCUAAAAUUCUUGAAGAAGAUUGUCCUCUCAGAGGAAAGCCGAGAUGCCCAUUGUCAUCUAAGAGGUACAGAACUUUUGAUGGUACGUGUAAUAACUUGGAGAAUCCAUGGAGAGGUGCAUCUCUUCUUCCCAUGCAAAGAUUUUUACCUCCAGUUUAUGAAGAUGCUAGAGAAAUAAGUACUAAAAUACACAAAGACAAGGACCAGGAACUGAAUGUGAUCACUUUAAUGUUCAUGCAGUGGGGUCAGUUUAUUGACCAUGACGUUACCUCAGUAGUCAAAUCCAGAGGUUUUAAUGGAUCAGUACCGCGCUGUUGUGAAAAAACGGGAAAGAAGGUUUUAUCAGAAGCACUACUACACCCCUCUUGUCUUCCUAUUGAAGUACCCGAAGACGAUUGGUUCCUUAGUAAAUUUAAGAUAGGAUGCAUGGAAUUUUUAAGAAGUGCUCCGUCGACAAGAAUCAAUUGCGAUUUGGGAUGGAGAGAACAAAUCAAUCAAGCAACUUCGUUUAUUGACGCAUCCAUGAUAUAUGGAAAUAAUUUGGAGAAAGCUGACUCGAUAAGAACCUUUAGACAGGGUAAAAUUUUCUACGGUAGACCUCUUAGUGAUAGACCCCUUCAACCUCCAGAUCCACCAGGAGGUGAGUUAUGCAACGCAGGAGCCUUGACAACAGAUUGCUUUCAGCCAGGAGAUGGUAGAGUUACAGAACAACCUGGACUUACUGCUGUGCAUACGGUUUGGAUUCGGUACCAUAAUCAAGUAGCUGCUGUGCUAUCGAGACUUAAUCCGCAUUGGAGUGACGAAAAAACUUACCAAGAAACUAGAAAAAUUAUUUAUUCUCUUAUCCAACACAUCACUUACAAUGAAUUCCUGCCUAUACUCUUAGGUCCAGAAGUUUUGCGUUUAUUUGAGUUAGAACUCGGCUUCAAAGGAUUUUAUAAAGGUUAUGACACUAAAAUUAAUCCAAUGAUAGCAAAUGCGUUUAGUACUGCAGCCUAUAGGUUUGGACACAGUAUGGUGCAGAAUUCUUUCAUCAGAACUGACAGACAACAUCGACCCAUCUUUAACAAUGUCUCACUUCAUGAAGAAUUCACGAAUUUUGAGAACAUUUGGAGCUUUGGUUCUGUAGAUAGAACGAUUUUGGGGUUUUGUAACCAGCCAGCACAACGACGGGAUGAAUUUAUUUGUGAUGAGUUAUCUAAUCAUUUGUUUCAACCUACUGAUAUGCAGUUUGGUAUGGAUUUGGCAGCUAUUAAUAUCCAAAGAGGAAGGGAUCAUGGUAUACCACCUUACACAUCUUGGAGGGAGCCUUGCGGACUCACACCUAUUAAAGGUUGGAAUGAUUUAAAAAAGAUUUUCAGUGUGGAAACAACAAAAAAAUUCCGGAAGGUUUACAGACAUGUCGACGACAUUGAUCUCUUCAGUGGUGGUUUAGCGGAAAAACCUGUAAAAGGAGCGGUGGUAGGUCCAACGUUUGCCUGUAUCAUAGCUCAACAAUUUUGGUACGAAAACGGCGAAUUUCUAUCAUCAUUCACUCCAGCUCAAUUACACCAAAUACGAAGAGCGACAUUAUCAAGCAUUCUUUGUCAAACCAUGGACGAGAUCGAAACGAUUCAGCCUUUUUCAUUCCUAUCACCAGACUCCAAUAAAAACAAGAGACUCUCUUGCAAAGAUCCAAUCUUGAAAAACUUUGAUUUAUCUCCGUGGAUUGAAAAUCUUUCUAAUGAUAUAGAAACCAGAUCGUUUUCAAGAGAAGGUUUAGAUGAUCUGGAGGAAACAGCGGCGGAAAGGAAAAGGAAAACGAAACUGAAAUAUAAAAAACCGAAGCCUAAACCAGAGACAGCCGUGACUAAUAGCCAUACGGUUAUUAUUCAGAAUACUAAAGAUAGACCUUCUUCCACCUACAUACAAGAAAAACCAGUGUCAUAUCCAGUCUUCAUCCAAUCGCCUUCGGUUCAAACUUACAAUAAACCUCCUAGCAAUAAACCAACAUUUACCGUUAGCAGACCCACUUUUACUAUAACUGGUGCUAGUGAUGUUAACGAAUAUGGUUCAGACAACUACAGACCUUCUCAGAUGUUUAGUAGACCUUCAGCUGAUUCUUACAGCUCUGCCAGUUAUAGACCUUCAUCAGAUUCGUAUACCUCAGUUAGCUACAGACCGGCAUAUGAUUCAAGUUCGGUCAGUACCAGACCAAACUACAUUUACGAUGGAAUCAACAGUUUUUACGAUCGACCAAGUGGAUAUGACAGACCAAGUAGCUCGUUUAACAAUCCAGUUAGUUCUCAUGAUAGACCUAGUACGUCCUAUAAUAAACCCAGCAGUUCAUUGGACUACGACGAAGUUAUAUUUGAAGACAGUCCUUUUGCUACUUCAUAUAAACCUAACGUCUAUAGGCCCAGUACAAACCAGCACUUGUUUAAUCAAAUAUUUAUUACCAAGAGGCCUGUGCAGAGUUCUUACGAUGAUGAUAUUUCAGGGUACUUUUAUAAAAACAAGUACGACAAAGAAAAUAGCUUAGGACAAGAAGAUCGUCCAAUUAAAAUCUAUUCUACAGGAUAUGUUCAAAAAAUAGGUCCAAGUGAUAUCAGCGAUAAGUUAGAUUUCAAGUCACGCUUGGUUAACAAAAAUGAUAACAAACUGAUUAAAAUAUCCUCAGUUAAGUCUCACGCUAGCGUAUCUGGAAAUUCUGCUAUUAUUAAUACAGUUUUACAGCGUGAAGGAGAUGGAGAUAUUAUUGAAGAAGGGUCCGAUAUGUUGAGAUUGGUCGAACUAGAUGUUGCUCCCAGUGAAAAUAAGUAA